AUGACUUCAUUCGAUCAUAUUUUCAUUUCAGGUGCAACAGGAUACAUUGCUCUACAUAUUAUAUCUCAAUUAUUAUCAUCAGGCAGGACAGUUAUUGGAUCAGUUAGAUCCAUUGAAAAAGGUGAAUAUCUCGUUAAACUAUUCGACAACUCUAAAUUCUCGUAUGUGGUAGUCCCCAUUUUAGAAAAAGAAGGAGCGUUUGAUGAAGCUCUAAAAGCAAAUCUUGAAGUAACAAUCUUCUUACAUACUGCUUCACCGCUUCAACCCAUUCUCAAUAGUGAACAUCCUGAACAGGAAAUCUUAAUCCCAGCUAUAGAUGGAACUAAAUAUGUACUUAAAUCAAUCAAGGAACAUGCACCCCAGAUUAAAAGAGUGGUUUAUACAAGUUCAAUCGCUGCAUGCGCUACGCCUGAUCAACUUGCUGAUCCAACUUAUAAAAGUGGAGAAUCUACAUGGACGGAUAUAAGUUAUGAAUUAGGUAAAUCGAAUUCAUAUUUAGCAUAUGUUGUAUCGAAAACAUUUGCAGAACGUGAAGCAUGGGAUUUUGUCAAAUCUGAAUCACCCAAUUUCACUCUCUCUAGUAUAAAUCCCACAUUUGCUUUUGGACCUCAAAUUGAUCCAAGUAAGACAAAGGAUUUAAACUUUUCGGCACAAAUUGUAGGUAAUGUUCUAAAUUUCAAAAAUAAUGAACCAAUCCCAACUUUUAUAGGAGCAAUGAUUGAUGUUAGAGAUAUUGCAAAAGCUCAUAUCUUAGCAUUUGAAAAGGAUGAAGCACAAGGGAAGAGAUUUGUUCUUAAUGAAGGUUUGUUUACUAAUCAAACUUUAGUUGAUAUUAUUAGAAAAGAGUUUCCUCAAUUAUAUGAUGUUUUACCGGUUGGAGUUCCCUAUGAUUAUGAUUCGAUAAUAGUUGGAGCAUAUGAUGAUCAUAAUGCUAGGUCGAUUUUAAAAAUUAAUUAUAUUUCUAUUGAAGAAUCAGUUAAUGAUACGAUUAGACAAAUUUUAGAAAAUUAA